AUGGCGACGUUGCUUAAAGGCAUUGGAAAGCUCCAGGUGACGGGCCACAGCGUCUCGGAAAGCCCCACAGACGAGGAUUUCAUCAAGUGCUUGGACUAUGAGGAGUUGGAGCGCAAGUUUGGCUGUUUCAAGUACUAUCCCAAGUUUCUCAACAACUACGACUACCUGACGCCAGAGAUUAAGGAGAUGAUUGGCGAUAAGCCGGUUUACCUGAAGGCGAAUAAGCAUCUUAAGAAUUUCAAGAAUCCAGGCACGAAGAAGACCUUUGUCACUGAGAUAGACGUGGAAACUGGCGCAAUGACCGUCAAGGAGAAGAUUGAAAAGAAGGAUAGGAAGGCCAGGAAAGAGGAGCGUCGGGCACGCCGCGAGGACAGGAAAGAGCGUCGUGAAGAACGCAAAGACGACCGUAAGGACCGCCGGGAAGAGCGUAAAGACGACCGCAAGGACCGCAAAGAAGACCGCAAGGACCGCAGAGAAGAACGUAAGGAGGACCGUAAAGAGCGCAGGGAGCUCAGAAAGGGUCAGAAAGAGAAUGGCGAUGUUGAAGACGAACGCCAUACGGCUCUUCCCAUUCUUCAGACUCAGGUCCAGCGUCGUGAGGGCAGACAGUCCUCUGUGGCCACGGGGAACUCGGGCAGCACGCAAAACCUGGGCCCCAUGGGAGCUCCAGCAAAAGUUGAACCACCUAAAAUGGCUAAUGGCGAUUCUGAAGAUUUCCAGUUCAACAAUCCAUUUGGCGAGCAGAGCACGUUGGUUUCAGAAAAGGCGCCAGAGCCUCAAGCUACGCUGAUGUCGAGACAAAACUCUCUAGCGUCGAAUAUCAAGCCACGGCAAGAGUCAGUGCAUAGCGGCGUCAAGCCUCGUCAGAAUUCUGUCCAAACGUUGGAGAAACCCAGAAAGUCUACAUUCUCGCUGAAGCUACGGGACAUGAUCAUGCCUCACAGGCACUCCACAGAUAACAGUGGGGACUUACAGAGAACGCAGUCGUAUGACCAGACCCGGUCACUGAUGACGUUUAACCGCGGCGCCAAAACGGGGAUGCUUAAGAUUACUUUGAAUGAUUCGAAAGCUCGCAGGAUGAGCGAACAAAUUGGUACGUAUAACACUUGA